AGACAGUGACAGCUAACCUAAAAAAGUAAACAACGUGUUUUCCAGUGUUUUGAAUAAAAAUGACUGCAAUAAACGAAGAAGAACUAUACUGCGAUGCAGAGGAAGACAUAAAGGAUAAAAUACGAGCCGUAAAAAUCGUCGAUACACCCGAAAAGGACUAUUUAACGGACGAAGACGAAUAUUACGAUUCUUAUGAAGAUGAUUAUUACGACGACGGUUGUUACGCAGUAAAUAAGAAUCCUCAGCAAGCCUCAACGAAGGUGAAUAACUUUCAGCCUGCGGAUAAUUUGUUUAAGAAGUAUUCGAAUAAGAUUAAUGUGGAAAAAUACGAGAGUAACAUCCCAUGUCAUGCUACGAACCUAUUGCUUGAAAAUCAGCGUAAGAUGGCGAAUGAGAGGAUAAGAACUAAAGAUAAACACGAUAGAGCGACGGUAGAGCAAGUUAUGGACCCUAGGACUCGCAUGAUUCUGUUCAAAAUGUUAAAUACAAACCUUAUAUCUCAAAUAAAUGGAUGUAUAUCGACAGGUAAAGAAGCAAAUGUCUAUCAUGCAUCAUCAAACACAGAUAAACAAUUUGCCAUUAAAAUCUACAAAACCAGCAUACUAGUGUUCAAAGAUCGUGAUAAAUACGUCAGUGGCGAGUUUAGGUUCCGCCAUGGAUACUGUAAACAUAACCCUAGAAAAAUGGUGCGAACAUGGGCUGAAAAAGAGAUGAGAAAUCUCGUCAGAAUGCACUCAAACGGUCUUAAAACACCUGAACCUGUUUUGUUAAGAAGCCAUGUUUUGUUAAUGACUUUUAUUGGAAAAGAUGGUUGGCCGGCACCUAAAUUAAAAGACGUUGAAAUAUCACAGUCUAAAUCAAGAGAGAUAUAUCGUGAAAUAGUUGUUAUUUUGUGGAAAAUGUAUAAUAAGUGCAAGUUGGUGCAUGCAGAUUUAUCCGAGUACAAUAUGCUGUAUCAUAAUGGUGAAAUUUAUAUCAUUGAUGUUUCACAGUCUGUCGAGCAUGAUCAUCCACAUGCUUUGGAGUUUUUAAGGAAAGAUUGCACAAAUAUCACCGAUUUUUUCAAGAAAAAAGAUGUAGCAACAAUGGGAAUCAAAGACUUGUUUGAUUUUAUUACUGACCCUUCUAUAAAUGAAAGCAACAUGGAUGAAUGUCUAGAAAAACUAUCAGAAAAAGCAUCUGAAAGGGAAGAAAUUACAUCCAAUGAACAGGUCGAGGAAGAAGUUUUCAAACAAGCUUACAUCCCACAAAGACUUACAGAAGUAAUCGAUUUUGAAAGGGAUAUAAACAAAGCAAAAUCCGGCCAAUCAGACGACUUGGUUUAUAAAACGUUGGUUGGUCUAAAGGCUGACUUAAGUGGUACUGUUCAACAACCAGAAAUUCUCCAGAAUGAUGAUGAAAAAUCUGACGAGGAUACAGAUUCCAGUGAUGAAGUUUCGGAUGAGGAGCAUAAAAGUGGUUUCAGAGAUUCUUCAAGGCCAAAGGAUGAGAGUUUGGAGGAUAAGAAGAAUAGGAAGAAAGCUUAUGACCAGGCAUUCAGACCAAAGAAUCUAAAGAACUGGGAAGUACCAAAAGCUCAAAACCACAGACCUGCCCAAAAAACUGGCCCCACUAAAAUAAUAAGUAACUCCAGGGGACACUUAUUACCAAAUAUACCAAAAAUAAAGGACAUUCCUUGGUCCGGUUAUUAUGGAGCUUGGGAUUUACCGAAAAAAAUCAAUAGAAAAACAGCUAAUGAAAUUAAUGGUUUGGGUUAUUUAAGACCAUUGACCAAAAAAAAACAUGAAAUUAUACAAGAAAUAAUUAAUAAUGCAGAAGUAAAGAAUAUACCGAACCCAGUGUUUAAAAAUGAGGACAAAAAAGAUGACGAAAUCAAAGCUGCAGUACCUUACGUCCCAGGUGAUUUUACAGACGAAAAACAUGUCCCAACUAGCCAUUCUGAUUUAGAAAAACGAAGAUUUAAAAAAGAAGACUCUGAUUUUUGUAAGGGAUUUCCUCGUGUUGUAAAUGAAGAUUUCACUACCCUCCCUGAAGAAAAAGUUGACAUUACCAAAGAAGCCGAAAAAAUGUAUAACAAACACAGAGAAAUACUGUGCAUGGAGCCCCACCAUUACCAGGAAUAUGAUGAAUGUAACAACGUUAAAGCUAAGAAACACAUAUUGGCAACAAUGUCGAAUUUCUGCUUGGCCAAAAGACUACACAAGGAAAAUUUGGAGCAUGAGCCACUACCAGAUACCAUCACACAUAAUGUGUACAGAAAAUUGCAGAUGCAAGGUGAAUUGGACCCAGGUCUGGGUAUAGAGGCAGACAAUCGCGUUACAGGUAUAGGCUGGAAGGAAUAUGGUGGUUAUGGGCCCACUAGAUGUACGAAGUUGCGCGUUUUUAGACCAAAAACAUGCGUACACAAUAAGAUUAUCAAUCAGCAUGAAAAUAGACCUAGCAGUGUUAGUAGCUUUGAUAAGAAGUGGAGGUUUAUUAAACAGUGGAAAGUUUCACCGAUUGAUCUAGCGAUUUGCUGGGAUUUAACACCAGAGAAUCCUAAGGAUGAGCCCAAGAGAACAAACCAUAUUGAUGGUAAUAAUGAUUCACAAGCACCUGCAGUUUUUACUUUGGUUCAUACUCCUAAAGAAAAUGACCCCAAGACCCCAAAAGAGGUUAAAUGUGAUGGUGUACAUGCGUGUGGACCACUAUUUGAGCACAGAAAUAAUAAUGAUGACACAAAAAAGUAUUUUUUUGAACGCCCCAAAACUACAGCGUCAAAUAAAAGCAGUGUUAGUUCUGUGGGGUCCAAAAAAAGAUCAAAAAGUGCCACCAACAUAAACGAAACUACAACUAGCUCUCCUCACAGUAACAAAUCCUUACACAAAAGCAUCCCAGACCUAUUUAAGCCAAAAACCCCUACACCACAAUGCCAAGAAUGCUUCAAAGUGGUAAAACACAAAACCUUUAAACACUGCAUGGCAUGCCAAAUGAAAAACGUGUCCCUCAAAGAAAAAAAACCCAAAUCCGAGUUCAAGCAAGCGUUUAAAGCUGGAUUACCGUUGAAAAAAAGCGUAAGUACCUUCAUACGAGUAAAAUUAUUGCCGAUUCCGCGACAAAAAAACCCGUACAGUAGAAAGUCGUACGAGAUUGUCAGCUUAGCACCACCUUUUUCUUUGCAGAACCAAAAAAGGACCGAUUACCCGGAACAUUGGAGACUCGCCUCGGUCUAUCAGCAAUCUUACAAGCCUUUAGAGCUGAGAAAAAAGCCUCUACUUGCUACUGUUUAUAAGUAA